GCAUGCGCGCAUGCGUAGCUCUGAGGGCGCGCCGUCCUGGGCUGUGGCUUUGCCCCCGCCGCUGCGGCCGUGCGCCUAUGGCGUCUCGGAGGUGACCCGCUGCUGGCACCAACUCUCUCUGGGGGCGGGGGAGUCAUCCAUGAACCCUUCGGCGACCUUAUACCGGCGCCAGAACAUCGGAUCAGAAGUUGAGACUUCCACUAUUGAGAAGCAGCGGAAGGAACUUCAGCUGCUCAUCGGGGAGCUGAAAGACCGCGAUAAGGAGCUCAAUGACAUGGUCGCAGUGCAUCAGAGGCAGCUUCUCUCCUGGGAAGAGGACCGGCAGAAAGUGCUGACCCUGGAGGAGCGCUGCAGCAAGCUCGAAGGUGAGCUGCAUAAAAGGACUGACAUAAUCAAGUCACUGAUGAAGAAGGUCAAGACCCUGGAGUCCAAUCAAGCAGAGUGCCAGACAGCUCUUCAGAAGACGCAGCAGCAGCUCCAGGAGAUGGCUCAGAAGGCCACACACUCCACCCUCCUCUCGGAAGACCUUGAGGCUAGAAAUGAAAAUCUCAGCAGCACGUUAGUGGACCUCUCUGCUCAGGUAGGACAAUUGCAAGCUAGAGAGCAGGCUCUCACUACCAUGAUAAAGCUAAAGGACAAAGACAUUAUUGAGGCCGUCAAUCACAUUUCAGACUGCUCGGGUAAAUUUAAAUUGUUAGAGCACGCUUUACGUGAUGCCAAGAUGGCGGAGACGUGUGUGGUGAGAGAAAAGCAAGAUUAUAAGCAGAAAUUGAAGGCACUUAGGAUUGAAGUCAAUAAACUGAAAGAGGAUCUAAAUGAGAAGACAACAGAAAACAAUGAACAACGAGAGGAGAUAAUUCGACUCAAGCAAGAGAAAAGCUGUCUACAUGAUGAGCUAAUUUUUACUGUUGAGAGGGAAAAGAGGAAAGAUGAAUUACUUGAUAUUGCAAAGUCAAAGCAAGAUCGUACAAAUUCCGAGCUCCAGAAUCUGAGACAGAUUUAUGUAAAACAGCAGAGUGACCUGCAGUUUCUUAAUUUCAAUAUAGAAAGUUCUCAGGAAUUAAUACAAAUACAUGGCUUAAAGAUGGAGGAACCAAAGGCCCUGGAGUGCAGCAAGGACAUGUGUUUAUCAGACCUUGACAAUAACUACCCAAAAAUCGAUAUUAAAAGAGAGAGAAAUCAGAAGUCAUUGGUUAAAGAUCAAACGUUUGAGGUCAUGUUGGCUCAGCACAAUGGGUCAGACAAGAGCUCUUGUGAUGCUUGCAGAGAGAAGAAGCUACAGGUUAACACUGCACUCGGGGAAAAAAGUGUAAUUGCUCUCUCAUCUCUAUUUACCAAAGACUUACUGGACAAACAAAAGUCUUGGUCUCUGGGUGGGAAAAUCCAGACUGAACCGGAAAACAAAGUUACCCUAUGCAAGGUCCAUGCAAAGUCACCAAAAUGCGAUGGAGUGGGGCUUCCAACGGAAGAGAAGCAGCUCUCGGAAACCUCCGUCUCGCUGUCUGACGAGAAGCAGUGGCAUGACAUCAACGUCUACCUGGGCCUUUCCAGCUGCUCAAAACAGCCAGACAGGCUGGACGGGGAUGGCCACGACCGCACAGGAACAUCUGAGGUCUCCUGCUGCACCCCAAAUGUAGUCUGUAUAGGUGACAAUGACCUGUCCGAGUCCAAGUGCUGCCACCCAAGUAACAUCAUCAUCGAAGCCCCAGGACAUAUGACUGAUACAGAGUGGAUGAAUAUUUUCAAGCCUUCCAGAGCACAAAGGAUUGUUCGCCACAAAACCAUGUGCACUUGUUCAAGAAGUGUCAGCGCAAUGAAAUAUAAUUCCUCAGCAAGUGAGCUCAUUGGCAUGCAGCCUUCCCAGUGUGUGGGUUCCUUAAAGUCUGCUGAAAGAGAAGAGGAGUCAGCGGCCCUUCCUGACAGAAGAACCUCAGCCAAUGAAAAGGAUGACUUCUCUCCUACGAGUAAGCUCCAGCGGCUGCUGGCCGAGUCCCGGCAGAUGGUCACGGAUCUGGAGCUGAGCACGCUGCUACCCAUCAGCUGCGAGAAUCUCAACAGAAGCAAAUUAGAAGUCUCAGAAGAGCCAGAUGAAAAAACCACCCUUGUCAGUCAUUGAAAGAGACAAAGUCAACUUGGACAUUCACUGAGGCUAUGCAAACAGAAUUGUCUUUGGAAGGCAGAGAGUGGAUACAGUACAGUCAGUCACCUGAAGAUAAGUAAAGAGGACUGUGAUUCCCACAAAAGCAGCCUUUAAUACAAAGGCAAGGAGACACUCAAAAAGUUCACUUCUUAAAGCAUCUAUAUAUAUAUUUUUUUUGAUGAACCAUUUUUUUGUGUAAAAAAUAAUUUUCAUGCCUAAAAACUGAGGCCCUACUUCUACUUCAGCGUUUAGAAAUACGCUGAAAGGGAAAGACAAAAGCCAAGCUGUCAAGAUGCAGAAACCUUUUAACAGCUUCCUGGGAGUAUCCGACACCCCGUGUGUAAACGCCACCUUAGCGGUCUGCCUCCUUAUCCUUACAGUCUCUGUGCAUAUUCACAUCAUAACCACCAUUUCCCAAAAGCCAGCUUCCGGUACGUGACACAGUCUUUCUUCUCUUCAGCUUUUAGUGUUGGACUUUGCUGUAGUGGUAGACAUGAGAUAAGUGGUGCAAAGUUUGUAACAGGACACUAUUACCGUGGGUGUGCAGUUAAGGCUGUCUGUCCUCAGGAGACAGCUGUACCUUGCCUGGCUCUGUAGUAGACAGUUCACUUACACAGGACAGCGCUUGCUGGAAGAUCAAGUUUUAUAUGGAUUUUAAAGAAAAUAUUGAAGACAAAAAAUUCUAUUUUACUUGUAAUUUUAUUUUUUAAAAAGAAGAUUAUACUAUUUGCCUCUGUCCUUACUACCAUAAUUGACCAGUUUCAUUCAGUAAAAAUAUUUUUAACAAUAAAAAACAUUUUAUUUGGUUUCCUUUUACUAUACAUAACUAAAACAAAGGAAGGUAUUUAUUUAUUUAAUCCAUCUUUUUUGGCUUUUCCAAACAGGGUGUCUUUGUGUAGCUCUGGCUGUCCUGGAACUAGCUCUAUAGACAAAAUUGGCCUCGAACUCACAGAAAUCUGCUUGCUUCUGCCUCCUGAGGGCUGGGAUCAAAGGCGUGCGCCAGCACUGCCAGGCUAACAAGCAGCUUGAACGCAGCCUGGUAGGUGACUGUCUCCUAAGCACUGCCGAUGAAGGUUGUAUUGUAUGGGUCAAUGUCCCUUUGUUCGAGGCUUCAGGCUUUCUUCCCAGAUGAUUUUCAUGGUGGGGCGGGCGGGGUGGGGGAGGCUGUUGAGCUCACGUUUGUAAUGAGGGUGAGGCUGGCACACUCUAUAAAUACUUGGUUUCUCUUCAGACUGGUUGUACUGAGCCAGACUAAGAAUGCAGAGCUGAUCCUGAACCAGCCAAGCGAGGCGCCCAGAAUGCCCUUGGAGAGGCCAGGGUCCAAACUGAGAAUCCAGAUAGUAAACUUUUCCUACUCUGUCUGAUGGGCUCAUGGCUGCUCCUCCACUCGCCUGCCAACAGGAACACCAAUUACAUGCUCCAUUGGAAAAAGCAGGGUAGAACAGGAUCGGAAAUCCACUGUUUUAUAGCUAAGUUUAAUUUCAUUUCAUAGGCUUGAAAUAUCUAUAGCACCUAUAUAUUCCAGGCUGGCUCAAACUUGUGGUCCCCCUGCCUCAGCUUCUCCGGUGCUGGGAUGACAGGAGUCUACCACCUGUAUGUCACCAUGCCCAGCCUUACAAACCUCUUCUGAUCCAACGAGAUUAUUAUGAAUUAACAUGAAAUUCAGAAAGGCAAAUUUUAAUAUGAUCAACUUCUCUGUCUCGACAUGUCAUUUUUUUAUAUUGGAGCAAUUUCUUGAGUGUGGCAAAGAGUUGCACAAUAAACUAGCCUUUAGGAUUUC